AGUGUCUUUGCCCCAGGCGGAAUUGCACCGCCCUUAUCAGGGGCAGGGCUGAGUAAUCCACUCGGGUUUGCUUUCAGGAGCUUUUGUUCCCUGAGCACUUUCCGUAGAGUUCCGGAGGACGGGAAUACAAAUGGCGGCCUCCUGGUCUCCGGCCCAGAGGAGCCGAGAGCCCAGGGCCCCACUCCUCAGUGCGCCCUCAGAGAACAGCGCCCAGUUACUCCCAUCUGCCUGACCUCCGGCCGCGCUCCGAGCUCACCGAGCCUGCGACCGGUUCAAGGCCACAUCUGCCAAGAUGGUACUGUAGCCAUUCCAUGCCCAGCUGGGAGCUUCAAACGCAAGAAGGAGACAUCCCACUCCAACACCAGCUUCUCCUCAGAAGUUCUCAGCCAGUGUCUGCAGUGCCCAGCAGGAUACUUCUGUCCUACCGGAGCCACCCACCCCAUCCCGUGCCAGCCAGGCACAUUUAGCCCGAAUCCAGGCCAGGAUGAAGCCACAGACUGCAUUCCAUGCCCAGCAGGCAGGGCUUGUACCCAGGCUGGACUGACUCAGCCAGAUGCGACCUGCACACCAGGGUAUGUGUGCCCUGUGGGCUCCUUGAGCCCCCAUGCUCCCACCCACGCCUGCCCACCUGGGACAUUCAGCAGCCGCAACAACCUCUCUGACCUGUUACAGUGUGAGAUCUGCCCUUCAGGACUAGCUUGUCCAAGGGGAACUGGGAGUCCAUACUGGCCCCCCAUCCCCUGCCCAGUUGGCCAUUAUUGUCCUCUGGGCACCAAAGAGCCGACCCAGUUCCAGUGUCCCCCAGGCACCUGGAGUAGCCAGACCGGAUUGACAGCUGUUGAGGAGUGUGCGCCCUGUCCCCGGGGCUGGUUCUGUAGCGGUGGUGCCCAGCUGCCCUCGGGGACAUGCAAAGCUGGGCAUUACUGCCCGCAAGGUACAAUGUGGGGCACUCAGUUCCCUUGCCCAGCAGGCACCUACAGCUCUCAAGCAGGCAAUGGCCAGGUGGAAGACUGUCUCCUCUGUCCCCCAGGGGCCUUCUGCCCCAGUGGUGCCCCCAAGCCCAUGCUCUGCCCACGGGGAACCUCGCGCCAGAGUCCAGGUGCAAGGCUGGCUGUGGCCUGUGUCCUAUGCCCUAUAGGUCACCACUGCCCUGAACCAGGCACUGCCACUCCACUGCCAUGUAGUGCUGGCAGCUUCUCUGGUCCAGGCCACCUCUGGUGCCAGGAGUGUCCAGAAGGAAAGCUCUGCAACCAGACAAAGCUGGCUAGUCCCACAGCAUGUCCACCUGGGCACUAUUGCCCAGCUGGGGGCCUGCUGUCCAUCCCCUGUCCCAUGGGCACUUUCCGAGAGGCCCCAGGGGCGGCCCGUGUGGAAGACUGCCAGCUGUGCCACCCUGGGACCUUCUGCGGUCGAACAGGCCUGGCCAAGCCCCAGGGGCUGUGCAGUCCUGGGCAUCACUGUGGGCCUGGUUCCAACACCUCCUCUCCGGAGGGCCUCCCGUUUGGUGAUCUCUGCCCUGCUGGCCAUUUCUGCCCCCCUGGCACCAAGGAUGCCAGGCAGAGGCCCUGCCCAAUUGGCACUUGGAAUGUAGAGAGAGGGGCACAGGACCUGAGCUGGUGUCUUCCCUGCCCACCUGGACUCUUCUGUGCUGCAGCAGGCCAGGCUGCCCCCACGGGCCCAUGUGCACCAGGAUAUUACUGCCCAGGAGGGGCAUGGACGCCGAGACCUCUCAGUGGCCCAUGGGGAGACCUUGGUCCUGUGGGCCACAUCUGCCCUGAAGGCUCGCUGGAGGCUUCACGUCAGCCAGAUGGGCAGCACAACAAUAGAUCAGGAGAUGAAGUCACCCACCAGGAGAGAUGCAUCCAUGCCAUGGCAGGGGGGCCCUGUCCUCCAGGCCACUUCUGUCCACUGGGCACAGGGGUGCCCCUGCCCUGUCCUGUGGGUACCUUCUCAGAUCGGAUGCUUCUCUCCAUGGCGUCAGAGUGCCUGUCCUGCCCCCCUGGCCAUUUCUGUGGUGCAUCUGGACUCACUGCUCCCUCUGGACCCUGUUCCCCUGGCUACUUCUGUCUGGAAAGAGCCUCCUCCCCAAUCCCAGCAGGUCAUUCACAUCAGGGGGGGCCCUGUCCCCGAGGCCACUUCUGCCCCAGUGGAACCAGCCACCCUCAGCCUUGUCCUCCUGGCUCCUAUAGCAACCUAACCGGCCAAGCCUCCUGCUUCCCCUGCCCUGCCGGCUACUACUGCCCUGAGAACAUCACCACCUACAGCGGGCACCCCUGCCCCGCCGGCUUCUACUGCCCCAGAGGCACCAAAUACGCCACACAGUACCCCUGCCCUCGGGGCUACUACAACCCAGACCCACUGACCCAGAGCCUGGACAGCUGCCUGCCUUGUCCCCCAGGCCACUACUGUGGGCAAGAGAAUCUGACCCAGGCCUCUGGGCCCUGUGAUGCAGGCUGGUUCUGCGUGUCAGCAGCCUGGACCUCCCGCCCCUUCGACUUAGACAACUACACCAGCACCAAUUGCCUGUGCCCAGCCACGGCUACAGGGGGGAAGUGCCCAUCUGGAUCCUUCUGCCCCGAGGGUACCCCAGAACCCAUACCCUGCCUACCGGGCUCUUUCUGCGCCACCUCUGGAUUGUCCACUCCCAGCGGGCCCUGUCAGGCUGGCUACUUCUGUGCUGAAGGAGCAGUGUCCCCAGCUCCAGAGGACGGGCUGACAGGGGCCCCCUGCCCCCCAGGAACCUUCUGCCCCGCAGCAUCACAUAGGCCAACACCAUGUCCUGUGGGCACCUUCUCCAGCCUUCCAGAGCAGACCAUGCCCUCUGCGUGCCAGGUCUGCCCACGAAGCUUCUACUGCAAGGAGGCUGGUCUCCAGGCCCCCAGCGGGCAGUGCCCAGCAGGUUAUUACUGCGACUCGAGUGCUGGGCCCAUCCAAGACUUCCACCUAUAUCCUUGUCCUCAAGGCUAUUUCUGUCCACUGGGCACAGCCGUGGCCACACUCCACAGGUGCCCAGUGGGUACUUAUGGAUCUCGGAGGGGACUAAGGAGCAUCACUGAAUGCCAGCUGUGUCCUGCUGGGAAAUUCUGUGCACUGGCAGGGCUCAUGGCACCAACAGGAGACUGUGCUGCAGGACACUGGUGUAAGGGAGGAGCCACCAGCAAGGACCCCACUGAUGGGACACAAGGCCUCCUCUGCCCUGCUGGGCACUACUGCCUAGAGGGAGCUCCUGUCCCCACCCAAUGCCCACCUGGUACCUGGUCUGAGGAAGGGAACAGAACCCCAGAAGGAUGUCAAGAUUGCUCUGGAGGAAGACUCUGCUCUGGCGGCCACCUGCCAAUCUGGCUGGCACCCUGCUACCCAGGCAUGUCCUGCACUAGCGGAACUGUCACUACCACCCCCGUGGAGGGGCUCUCUGGGAGAUCCUGUCCCUCUGGGCACUUUUGUCCUCUGGAAAUGGCUGACCCCUCUCUGUGUCCUCCUGGCUCCUAUGCCUCUGGCACCCACACAGCAAAAUGUUACAUCUGUCCCAGCGGCCACUACUGUGUUCCGGGGUUGAGCCCACAGCUGUGUCCGAGAGGUUUCUACUGCCCUGAAGGGACAGGGCUUAACUGGCAGCCCUGCCCCCCAGGCACCUAUGGCCCCGUGCUGGGACUUAGUAGCCUGCCAGGAUGUCAAGCCUGUGACGGAGGUAGGUUCUGCCCCAGCGCCAAUGCUACAGAAGCCGGCGGACAGUGCUGGGAAGGUUUCUUCUGCUCCAGAGGGUCCACCCGGCCCAAUCCAGAGGCCGGCACUGAAGAGGAGGCUGGCCCAUGUCCUCAAGGACACUACUGUCCCAGGGGUUCAGCCGUGCCCCAGCCCUGUCCACCUGGCACCUUCAGCAUACACACCAAGCUCAGCUCAGAGGCUGCCUGCUCCCCGUGCCCUCCUGGCCACUACUGCGGCUCAGCGGGUCUCACCAGCCCUUCUGGGCCCUGCAGCACAGGCUUCUUCUGCCGCCAUGGGGCCCUCAUGCCCAACGGCUCCCUAGGAGAAGAGACCAGUGGCCCUUGCCCUGCAGGGCACUUUUGUCCCCCAGGCACUGUUACCCCCAGGCCCUGCCCAGCCGGUACCUACAACAGGCUGGCCGCCCAGGGCCACUGUGAGUCUUGUCCUGAGGGUUUCUUCUGCCCGUCAAACACCUCCUCUGUGGUGGGGAAUGAGUGUCCUGCAGGCCAUUACUGCCCAGCCUCCACGUCCUUUGCUUCUCAGUUCCCCUGCCCCCGAGGCACCUACAGGCCACAGAGAGGGGGUGUCCAGCAGUCAGACUGCACUCUCUGUGAUCCAGGCUCCUACUGCCUCCUGCCUGGGCUGGUGGCCAUAUCUGGGCCUUGCAGGGCAGGGUUCCACUGCAUUCAAGCAGCAGCUGUCCCCAACCCCACUGAUGGAAUCACAGGAGACCUCUGUCCUCCAGGCCACUUUUGUCCCAAAGGCAGCCCCAGACCCACUCCAUGCCCUCCAGGCUCUCUCCUGCCCAUCCCUGGGGCCACAUCUCAGGAGGACUGCCAGCCAUGCCCAGGUGGCUGGUUCUGCUCCAGGGCUGGCCUGAGCUUCCCAGAGGCCCCAUGUGAAGGAGGCUGGUUCUGCCCCAGGGCCUCUGUCUCUGGGCACAGUCCAGGGACUCUCUGCCCUGUUGGGCACUCGUGCCCCCCAGGAAGUCUGGAACCCCAGCUCUGCCCCCCAGGGCAGUAUCAGGAUGAACCUGGACAGAGCCUCUGCAAGAUAUGCCCGGCUGGAAAGUUCUGUUCCUUCAGGAUCCAGAGACCAGGUGCCAGGCCUACUUGGCCAGUGAACUGUCCUCCUGGCUACUACUGCCCUUUGGGUACCUGGAGUCCCACCCAGCACCCAUGUCCCAGGGGCACCUUCCGAGAAUGGCCUGGUGCACGCAGUGCUAAGGAUUGUAGGCCUUGUCCUGCAGGACAGUUCUGCUCAGAUUCAGGGUCCGGAAAACCCUUCCCAGAUGGGCUAUGCUCGCCAGGUUAUUAUUGUCCUCCUGGCCAGACUUCAGCCACCCCUACAUCAUUCCGGUGCCCCCGUGGCUUCUACUGUCCAGAGGGAUCUCCACAGCCAAGGGCCUGCGAGAACGGAACAUUCCAGCCCCAGGAGGCCAAGGGCUCUUGUGAGCCAUGCCCUGCAGGAUUCUACUGUGAAGCCUCAGGCACAGGUCCCACGGCUGGUGGACCCAACCUGUGCCUCCAGGGCUACUUCUGUCCCCCCGGCUCCCAUUCAGCCAUGGCCAACCCAUGCCCUCGGGGGACAUUUGGGCCCAGGCAAGGGGCCAGUGCAGAGCUGGACUGUGAGUUGUGCCCAGCAGGGAUGUUCUGCUCAUCAGAAGGGCUGUCCCAGCCAUCAGGGCUCUGCCACGCGGCCUACUACUGCACAGGAGGAGCAGUGUCACCCACACCCCUCAGACACAAGGUGGAGGCCCCAGGAUUCUCUGGGAAUGACAUCUGCCCACCUGGCUUCUUCUGUCCCAGAGGAACAGGCUUCCCAGUGCCAUGCCUGCCUGGGUUUUACUCCUCUGCUCCAGGCCUGGCCAGUGAGGACCAGUGCCUGCCGUGUCCCCCAGGGCACUACUGCAGCCAUCCUGGGCUGUCCCAUGCCAUGGAAGCAGAGCUCUGCGAUGCAGGGUACAUCUGCCUGGGAGGCAGUGCUGUGCCCUCACCUUCUGAUGGAACCCAUGGCUACAGAUGUCCCCCUGGUUUUCACUGUCCCCCAGGGGCUCACAGCGAGCAGCCCUGUGAGCCUGGCACCUUCAGCCCAUUGCCUGGAGCUGACACCUGCCUGCCCUGUCCAGGGGGCACCUACUGCCAAAAGGCUGCUACUGUGAAGCCCACAACCUGCCCCAAAGGUCACUAUUGCCCAGGAGGGACAUCCUCCGCUCUUCCCUGCCCUGAGGGAACCCUGAACCCACGGGAAGGUUCUCUCUCCCCUAGGGCCUGCCAUCCCUGUCCUGCAGGGAGGUAUUGCCCUGGGGAGGGCAACGGGCAGACUGAGGGACCCUGCUCAGCUGGUUACUACUGUGAGGGGGGAGCUGCCAGCCCCACUCCCCAGAGAAAAUCUGCCUUUCCCCUCAAUGGACCUUGCCCACAAGGCCACUACUGCCCCCAGGGGACUCUGUACCCUGUGCCCUGCCCCAUGGGGACAACAAGGAGUAGCCCAGGUGGCACCUCUGAAGAAAGCUGUGGACCGUGCCCAGCUGGAUCCUUCUGCCCUGGCCUGGGCCUAAGCUCUCCUAUCAGUGCCUGUGUGGCUGGCUCCAAAUGCUCCUGGGACCUCAGGACCUCCAGCCCCAUGGCUUUCCUCUGCCCUCAGGGUCACUUCUGCCAACCAGGGUCUGCUUGGCCUGCCCCCUGCCAUCAAGGGGAGUACCAGCCCUCCCUAGGCUCAGACACCUGCCUCUCGUGUCCACCUGGCUUUCACUGUCCUCAUCCCGGCACCAAAAUGCCCAGGCUUUGCCCAGCUCAUGCCUACUGCCCAACCGGAACAUGGUCCCCUCCUCCGUGUCCUCCAGGGACCUUCACAUCCCAAGAUGCGUCAGGCCUCCGGGAAGAGGGUGACUGCUCCAUCUGUCACCCUGGUAGCUACUGCAGAGGUGGACGGGUGUGGGGGAAAUGCCCUGCUGGUUAUUUCUGUCCUGCUGGGACCUCCGAACUGACGACACAAGGUCCCACGGAGUCUCAGCCCUCGUGCCCCCAGGGACAGCUGUGCGCCAAGCAGUGCCCACCAGGCUUUUACUGCCCAGAGGGCAGUGGAGAACCCACCUUAUGCCCACCUCAUACUGUGGCGGCUGCCCCUGGAGCCAAGCAGCAAGACGAUUGUGGGCCUUGCCCUGCUGGGCGCUGGUGCAAAGCCGGAGACCCAACCACUCACCCCUGCCCUGCUGGCCACUACUGCCCUGGAGGGAAUAAGACCAGUCCAGGAACCCCCCAGGCCUGCCCUGAACACACCUAUCUGGCUGCAGAAGGAGGCCAGAGUCUGGCAGAGUGCCUCCCUUGCCCUCCCGGGUACCACUGCCUGUCCCCAGGUCUCUCUUCCUUCAAAAGCCAGCCAUGUCCUCCAGGCUACUGGUGUCCAGGUGAUCAGGGUGCCUUUCUCUGUCCACCUGGCACCUUUCGAACAAAGCCAGGGGCAUCAUCCCAAGAAGACUGUGAGCUCUGUCCCCCUGGCCACUACUGCCCCCAGGCUGAGCUUCAAGAUCAUGCAAAUAUGUUUGUGAUCCCCUGCAGAGCUGGAGCUGAGUGCCCUGCAGGUUCUGUGGCUGAGGUCACAUGCAGGGCUGGCUCCUACUGCGGGCCCCAGACAGGGGUCCCCCCACUUUGCCCUGGGGGCUAUGCCUGCCCUGCUGGCUCUUCCACCUACACUGGCCCAGGGCAGCUCUGUGUGUUUCCCUUUUACUGCCCCGUGGGCAGUGCCCAUCCACGUGCAUGCCCUGGGGGCUCUGAGGCCCUGAAUGGAACUGGCCUUAGGGUCUCCAAGGAGACUUGCUGCCGCCUCUGUGAAGCAGGCACCUACCGCAGCCAGGCCCUGGAUUCCCAAACCUGUCAGCCCUGUCCCCCUGGAUUCACCUGCCACCAGGUGAGCAUGUUGGAGCCUGUCCUGGGAAACAGGACAAACUACAGCCUGGUGUAUGAGCAAUGCUGGAUAUGCAGCUCUGUGUCUACUGAGAAAGAUGGAAGUGUGUUGUGUAGUGUGCCCAAAAGACCAAGGGUAUUGUUGCUUGGGGGGUGGGAGGGAACAGAGAGUUACCACAGCCACCCCUGCCCAGUGGGGCACUACUGUCCUGCUGGGACUCACAGCCCCAGGCCCUGCCCAUUGGGAACGUUUAGAAACAGCAGCCAGGCAGGAGCAGCUGGAGAGUGCUUGCCAUGCCCUGCAGGCACCUUCAGUGCCCAACCUGGCCAGGCUGGCUGCCUCCCCUGUGGGAGCUCUGCUUUCUCUCCACCCGGUGCCUCCAGCUGCAUGUGUCGGGGCCUGAACAGGGUCUUCCAGAAGUCAGAUGGUUUCUGCAUCUGCCAGGCAGGACAUGAGUCCUAUAGCAGAAGGGGCCUGGAAAGUGAGGAGAGCAACGGUGAUGAAGAUUGUCAGCCCCAGGUGGCAGAGCGAUGCUGGGUUGGAGAAGUUCGCCUGGCUGCCACCCGCAAGUGUGUGACCCCACAACUGCAUGACUGCUCCUCCUUCUGUCACCCAGUGGGUGGAGAGCUCAGUGCUGAACUGAGCAUCUGCCAGUGCCAGGAGUAUGUCUCAGCUGAAGAGCUCUGUGAUGCCCAGUGUCUGGCCAGGGCCCCCCAGCUUGCCCUGGCCUGGGGUUCCAGCAGACAGCUGAUCCUCAGUGUGAAGAGCGAGACAGGAGACAGUGACCAGAGUGAAAUAGUGAGCACUCUGGGUCCAGACCAGUUCUUCCAAGGGAACGCCAGGGUCCAUCUGAUCCAAUGUGGCCCCCAUGGCAUCUUUGGCUUUGUCAUCUCCAGAGUGGACAUGCUUGGCUCCUUCCUCCUUGGACCACCUGUAUCCCAGCCCUGGCUGCAAAGGCAUCAUCGGACUACAGGACCGGAACACUCUGUCCCUCAUGACCCCCACAUCCAUCCCCAUAUUCCAAAUCCAGUGGUCUGCCUGGCAGAGGGGGAUGUGAUUCUUUUCCAGCUUCAUAUUCUUCCCCACAAUCGCUCAGCCAGCCACUAUCCUGUGUACCAGGUAAUCUCAGCUAAGCUGUCUGGGAACUUGGAGGGGCCACGGUUCCUCAUGUGUAAGACAGAGCUGGGGAGGCACUACAAGGACCAGAGGAGGAUGGGAAGCCACCAACUGUGUGGGAGGUUUGCCCACCAGUUCCUAGAUCCAGGUACAUAUGUGUUUCGAGACAAUGGGCUGCCUGAAAGCUUCAUGGUGGUGUUGGUGAAGAAGAAAGGAGUGGCCUGCAGUCCCAGUCUAUCCCCUGUACAGCCCUCCUCCCCAUAUCAGCUUACCAGGCACGGGGUCCUCAGGCGGAGGCUGCCAAACCUGGGCCCAGACUGGGCAGUGAUCACAGGAGUGCUGCUAGCUAUUGGCUUAGCAACCAUGCUGCUGACAGGCCUUAGCCUCAUACUGAGACCGCCGCUAGCCCAGGCCUGCCCUAUGAGGACUUGGAGGCCCCAGUGGAGGGGACUUGGAGGGCCUCAUGUGCCCACUGAGUAUGUGACCCUCAGGGACAGCUUUCUAUCCUAUGAAGAUCUUAGUCCUUGGGACUCUGAGGAAGAAGCGGAUUCCAAGAAGACAGCCGUUACCUGGGGCACAGGAGAGCCACUCCCUGUGAAGACCCUAGAGGACUUCAGCAUCCGUACUCUCUACGACAAGCUUGAGGACCAGAGCCUGCAUGUGGCGGCCCAACUGAACAAGCACCGGAGCGAUGCCCUGGCUUUCUACAGAGGCGCCAGCCAGCAGCUCCAGGGCCUCAAGGACAUUCUGCAGCACUUCAGCGCAACUGAGCAGCAUGUUCUGGGGAGGGGCGGAAACCUAGAAAUGGAGGUCACAGCUGCUACCAGGACAGCCACUGGGCUGAGCAAGGAAUCUUGGGGCCGCCACACUGCAGCUUCACUCAGGGAGCCCUGGCAGCAUCCUCUAGGCUGCACCACCAGUGUCUCACCCCUGGGCUUGCAGCCAGAGCUUGACAGAGUGAUCGUGGCCCUGGCAUCAGCACUUUCUCAUGCAUGUGGGCAACCAACUGGGGCCAGCAGAAAGGCCUCUCGUCAAGUUGGUGAACAGACUCUCCCUACUUAUCAACAAGACUCUCACCUGGCAAGUAACAUGACCCUGAAGCCACAGCCUCUGCCCUUGGAUGAAGAGCACCAAAGUACAAGAUUCCAGCAGGACUUGGGACCUGGACAGCUCCCUCAGUCUGCCACCGAAGGAGGAGAUAAAAUGAGCCCAAGUUCUAUGUUGUGGAUCCUCACAGCUGGACACAGGCACAGAGCAUUUCCUGAGCUGCAGAGAAAGAUUUGGCAGGUGGAAGAUACUUUGGAUGAGAUGAACAAAGAGUUCUUCUGGCUCACUGCUCAAGCCCUGGAGCUCCAGAAGGAAAAAGACAAACCAGCACAACUGCUCCCCAGUGAAGGCAAUACAUUUGUGGAGGUUCCCAGCAUCUUCCCUUGUGAGUGGCAAGAAGAAAGACCCUACCCAGUGGAGGCAAGUGGCCCAGAAGGAGACAAUCUGGGGACCUGGGCCCUGAAGAGUGAGCAGCCCCUGAUGCUGGGAGUUAGAAGAGCCCACCUGGCUCAGAGGAUUGAAGACCUGGAGUGGGAGCUGUCCCUGCUCCUCCAGGUGACAGAUGGCAGUGUGUGUGUCGGAGGGAGCUGGCCUAGCCUGGGGAGACACUGAGUCACACAGGAUAUUGCGGUGGCCAUCUGUAGGAGUGCCUUCUCCACAGAGAACAUUACCUGGUUAAUCAGCUCAUUCCUGAUAGGAAGGAGUGGGUGUCUAAGGGGCCACAAGCCUAAAGCAUGUUCUCAGUUUUAUGACAUGCUUCUUUUGGGUAAUACCCAAAUUUCUUUCAGAGCCUAAACCUUGGCUUGUGCAGAUUUCUGUCUGCCAUCUUUGGGGUAAGGGAAAAUAAAGUUAUACAGGUUGAGAAAAUUGA